AUGAUUAGAAGUUUAGGUAGAGGUAUAAGAUAUCUGUCUGUUCGGUGGAACGGAACGUCAUCGUCAGCAGCAGCUGUAAGCAAACUCAAAGCCUCUGGUUUCAGUCUUCCUCAAAAUAAUCCACCACCUCCGCAAUUAACACCAGAGCAAACUAUUCAGUUACAAACAGAUUCUGCUGAUUUUGCUAUAACAAAACUUGUUCAUGGCGUGACGCCCAAAAAGCUUGCUAUAACGGAAAGAGCUGUUUCUAAACUCCGUCUGAUCAUUGAAACAGACAAAGACCCAGAUUCAGCGUUAAGAAUAGGAGUAGAAAGUGGGGGAUGCCAUGGAUUCCAAUAUAAUUUGAAGUUAACUCAAGUAGCCAAAGAGUUGGCUCAAGAUAAAGAUAACGAUCUCUAUGUGUUCAAGAGAGGCCCAGCACAAGUUAUAAUUGAUGAUUCAAGCUUAGAAAUCCUACAGGACUCCAAAGUUGACUACACUAAAGAGUUAAUAGGUAGUCAAUUUAAAGUAGUUGAUUCUCCAUACACUUCUACAUCGUGUGGGUGUGGAUCAUCAUUUGAUUUCGACUUUGAUAAGUUGGAAGAGGCCAAACUGGCUAGAGGAUCAUCAUAA